UAAAAAAUGUAAAUGUUUGUUACUAAAGUUUCUUUUCUAUUGUAUUUGUUUUUAAUAUACUGUGUAAAAUGGAAAUGUUGUUUUGUCAUCUUAUUUUCCCUGUUGAAUAUGUUGUUCAUGGUAUCCAAUCAGAAUACGCUCCAGUGUGAUGUGAAGAGACUGUUUUCUCCCAUAGAGGGCGAUACUGGAUAUGCUAGAGAGAGCGCGAGAGAGAGGAAAGGAGAGAAGAAGACAAGGGGAACGAUGUAUGGGCGUUGUGCUCGCAGAGCUUAAGAAAUUGAUGACAAACUGUGUUUCUUUAUUUUGCUUAAGAGAAACUUUGAAGUGACAGUGUUUAGCGACCCAGCCGAGUUCAUUUACUGUGUCCGUACGACUUUUGCGUGUCCGCAUUCUGCACGUGGAGCAAGGUUUCGGGUGGCAGCCACGUGAGAUCAGUAGCUGGACGAAUCCUCUAUUACUCGACUCACUGCAACUCUGGAGUCCCCUUAUCUGCACGUGUGUCAACAUUUGUUUGUCUCUUGAACAGAGUUUUUCUUGAGUGAAACAACAUCGGAUGAUCGGCAUUUGUCACUGGAUCGUGUCGUAUGGAUCGUGUCGUAUGGAUCGUGUCGUAUGGAUCGUGUCGUAUGGAUCGUGAUUCGUGAGUACUGAAAUCAGGCCUAACAGUUAAGUCUUCCUCUACGAUUGAUGAACAUUUUAAAAGUGUCUCAGUAACGUUUACUUGCACCUCUACAAGCAAAUCUCACUCGGAGUUUUCGGUAUUUUGGGGAAUUUCGGACCUUGAUCAUUUUAUUCAAAAGUGAGUCGUCUGAACAAAAGAAUCGUUCAAAGGAAUCGAACAUUGAAUCGGUAUUUUCCAAUCGGUUCCUUUAAAUAUUGUGAAUGAAACGGGUUUUGUAUGCCAGAUUUCUAAACUGUUAUUUUAUUUACUAACUGUUUGGUGUUUAAUCUGUGGAAAUAGCCUAUUGCUGUUUUUAUUGGGCUUGAAACAAAUGUUCGGGGUUCAUUUUGAAGGAAACCCAGUUGAUAUAUUAUCUGUACCUUGAAGCACAGAGCUUGUUGAAGAGUGAUUUACUUCUAAGAAUACUACGAGGUAUUUUGGUUUUUUAUGUGAGAAUCAUUUUCAAAUAAUUGUUUAUUUUUACCCAGUUUAUUUCAUUUGUUUAUAUCUUUUUGGUUUACUAUAUUUUGUUUUCUUUAAAUAAACUUUAUAUUCUCUUACUUUUCAAACACUUAGUGGUGUAAUACAUUUUGGAGGCUUAUACAUGUAUAUGUUUUCUUCAGUGGUAAAGCAUUGACAUAACCAUAGAAAAAGGGUCAGUAUAAUUCAUACUAUAAGUCUAACACUGAGAGUCAAGGAUCUUCUGUGCAGCAGUAAGAUUGUACAAAGUAUCAUAACAAUAGGGUUACAUUUUGGAGGCUCCGCUGGGAUCCUUUUUCACAAUGUGUGGUUGUCAAUGCUAAUUAUGUUUGAUUGUCUAUGCUAAUUCUGUGUAAUGUUGCAGUGAUUUUGAUGAUUUUGGGAGCCAUGGAUCUUAAUCAAAUAGAUGAAUGGAGCCGGCAAAUGCAGGUCAGUCCUCCGCAUUGUGUUGUUCUCAGUGGCGUUCCUUUAACUGUAACAGAUGAAACCAUCAAUGAAGUACUAAGCACUGUAAAAGCCUUUGGUCGUACAAAAAUUUGUGGCCGACGUGGUGACACUACCGGGCUGAAUUUGUUCCUCUUAAUAGAAACCAGUCUGGAGGUAGAUUCCACCAUUGUACCUCCUGAAGUAGGCAUCCCUGGAGUAGUGGAGCCUUGGAGGGUACAUAUCCCUGGUAAAGCCUGUGCUCCGGGUGAUGCGUUUCACGAGAAGUUGAUGUGCUUACUUCAACAGGAAGGAAAAUCGUUGUGUGACGUGAGAUCCAUUGUAAAUCCUGAGCAGUCCCCAAUUCCAAAUCCUGCUGUUAAUGUAAACCUAGAUUUAGUCCAAGCCAUUAAUAGUCUGGUUGAGAAGUGUACCAAUGUGCCUGGUGAUACCGUCAGUUACAGAAAACUCAGAGUUUUCUCAGGCAUACAGCCAACUCCACCCGGGGAGGAAGAUUAUGAUUCCUGGAUGGAGCAGGCUGCUCAGAUGGUGAGCGAGUGGCAGUGUGCUGAUUCUAUUAAGCGGCAGCGAAUCGUCGAGAGUCUCAGAGGACCUGCCGCUGACAUAAUCAGAUUUUUAAAGGUCAGUAGUCCUGCUGUAACUGCCACUGAAUAUCUCAUGGCUCUUGAUACUGCUUAUGGUAGCACUGAAAGUCAGUCUGACCUCCUGGUGAGGUUUAGCAAUACCUACCAGGAACCUGGUGAAAAGCUGUCCCUUUUCUUGUGCCGGCUAGAUAAGUUACUCCAUCGUAUCUUUCUAAAAAAAGGCAUUAAAGUGGAGGAGUUAAACCAAAAACGGAUGGAGCAGGUAGUUAAAGGAGCACUUACUACAGAUAUGGUAGCAUUGAGGCUUAGGAUGACUCAUAAGCUUCGUGAUCCCCCUAGUUUCUCUGAGCUUCUGAGGGAGGUGCGGGAGGAAGAGAGCUGGGUUAGUGCCCGUGAGAAAUCCAAGAUUUUAGUGUCUUCUGCAGUGGUAGCUCAAGAGACACCCUCACAUGAGUUAGCUGACUUGAAACGUGAUGUACAGGAACUUUCUGCUCAGGUAGGCAAACUCUUAACAGCUGUUGCUGAGACCUCGGCUGCUGUUCCAGUUACACAGAAAGCUGUUGCUAGGGCUGCGCUAAAUGCAAAUGACAGGGAGGGAAAUCAAAAAAAAGAUGUUGGUCGUUAUAAUCCAUCUGCCAUUUUCUGCUAUAAGUGUGGGGAAGAUGGACAUACAAAGCGGGAAUGCAAAGGGGUGGAAGACUUGAGAAAGGUUAAUCAGAAACUAAUCAGGCAGAAUAGGCAGUCGGGAAACGCCAGAGGAGCCCUGUGAGUGGGGAACAC